AUGCAAGGUGUUCACGAUGCCUUUCGAGGAGUAGCCCAGGAUUGGUUCCACACUCUGCUAUCCACAUCAAUCGGCAGCUUUAAGGAGUUUGUCCUCAUUUUCACAAAGGAGUACACCUCCUAUCGGAUGGUCAGAAAACAUGCUGACCACCUAUUUAAUCUGCACACGAAGCUUGACGAGUCUCUCCGAGACUGUAUCAAGAGAUUCAAGGUUGAAAAAGCGAACAUCAUAGGAUGCGAUGAUCAAAUUAUGUCCUCGGCUUCAAAAAGGGCUUGCCGACCGAGCACAAGUUGUAUCUUCAACUAUCGCGCCAAGCCAAACCCUAGUAGAAGUCUUCGCGAUGGCAGAGCAUUACGCACUGUAAGACGAUGA